AUGCUCUUGACGACUAAGAAACUUAAAAUACUGAUGAACACCUACUGGAUGCUGUGUGGCGCCGUACACCAGGCUAAUGUCUUCUACUGCUAUCAGCUGAUUUCCGUGAUAUUUAACUCAUUUAUUCUCAUCACUAUAACGUGUUACACCUUUUUCUUGUACGUCAGAGAUGGCAAUAUGUUCUCCAUCGUUACUGAAGGAGCCUGGAUCCUUACUCAUAUUUACUACGUGGUUGUGUUGGUAAACUCAAGCACAGACGUCACUAACUCGGCUAUCGAGACUAGCCAGAUGAUAUGCAAGUUUACCAACAGUAGCCUGGACCCGGUCCUACGGAGAAAGCUGGAAGGGUUUCUCCUGCAGUUUCCCCAUCACAACGCAAGAUUCUCUGCUCUUGGAUACUUUCCGAUGCACAACGAAACCCUCACAGCGAUGGCUGGAGCGGUGACAACGUACCUGGUAAUACUGAUCCAAUUCCAGGCUCAACCACCAUCCAUCUAG